GCAAUCCAUUAACCGUUACUCACCUCUCUCGCUUCUACCAGAAGAUUAUUGCAGGGAUGGCAUCUCUUCCACUUGGAAAUACUACAAAUUGUAGCUUACUAUGUGAAAGAAGACCCGUUUCGUUUAUGGGCAUCUCGGCUCUUCCAUUGACACAACUGAGGAUUGGAGCUUUUGCUGGUUUGGUGAGAGGAAGAGCUGCAACACACAGCUUAUGUAGAAAGGAGAUGUCCCUUUUCUGGGGUAAAGGUUCCGACGGAAUAAACAAAAUGAAGUCGAAAAAGGUGAUCUUUACCAUCCCCAGAAGUAGUUCUUCGAACUCUAAUGGGGGUGAAGAGAACUCCCCUGAUAAUGCCAAGAAGCAAAAAUCUUUUGGAUACUCAAGGAAAGAUGUUAUAUUGAUUGGAGUUGGAGUAACUGCACUAGGCGUUGGCUUGAAAAGUGGAUUAGAGUUUGUAGGAGUUGAUCCAUUACAAGCAGGAAAUGUCGUUCAACUGGUACUGGUGUUGGGCCUUACGAUUGGAUGGAUUUCCACUUAUAUUUUUCGAGUUUCUAAUAAGGAAAUGACAUAUGCACAGCAAUUGCGUGACUAUGAAAGCGCAGUCAUGGAGAAGAGGUUAGAGGGCCUAACAGAAGCAGAACUAGAAGCGUUGCUUGAACAAGUUGACGAAGAGAAGAGGCGCCUUGGCGAGAAAGUCAACUAAAGCCUUAAAAUGACGCUGUAUAUAGAGAGUAGUGAGCUUAUAGAUACAUUUCAAAAAUAUCCCUCGUAUGUACUCUAAAGACCACACAAGCAAAGUAACAGGUAAUGUCGAAUUCUCUUCAUUACAUUACUCAAAACUGCAAAGGAAUUGGGAAUGA